GAAACCCAGAGACCUGCCAGUGAGCCCCUGGGGAGGCCUAGGGCAGCUUUGUUCCUGGACAGCACAGGCUGGAGAGGGCUGUGGCUUCUCCCUGAGGACCCGCUUGGCCCUUUUCUGCUUUGCCCUCUCUCACACACUUGCCAUUCUUCUCUGUAACUUUCAGCUUUUCCCUCCAACUGCUGCCUUGAAAGCUAGCUCUGUUUCUGGACCCAUGGUCUAGGGGAAGACUCCCACAUUUUAGGACUUCUUUCAGUGGCACGCAGCGUGUCUGUAUACUACAGGGGAAUCCCAGAAGGGGACUGCCUGAGACUGGCAUCUUCCCUGAACCCUGCUUCCAGUAGUUCUGAUCCCAGGACACAAGCCCAGGCUGGAUCCCUUGAACAUCUUCCUAGCAGGAAAUGCUCCACUAGACCUCUUCCUGACCAAGAUAUGCCUGUCUUCACUAGCAGGAGAGCCAUGGCUGACCCCAGAGGAAAUCCUUUGGCCUGCCUUCUGUGGAUUCUACUGCUCUGGGGAGGGGAUGGUGGCUGCCAGGCCCAACGUGCAGGUUGCAAAAGUGUGCAGUAUGAUCUGGUCUUCCUCCUGGACACGUCUUCUAGUGUGGGCAAGGAGGACUUUGAGAAAGUCCGCCAGUGGGUAGCCAACCUGGUAGACACCUUUGAGGUGGGCCCUGGCCACACCCGUGUGGGGGUUGUGCGCUACAGUGACCGGCCCACUACAGCCUUUGAACUGGGCCACUUCAACUCUCGCGAGGAGGUGAAGGCUGCUGCGCGGCGCAUCACCUACCAUGGCGGUAACACGAACACGGGUGAUGCCCUGCGUUAUAUCACCAGCCGCAGCUUCUCUGCCCAAGCCGGCGGCAGACCUGGGAAUCGUGCCUUCAAGCAGGUGGCCAUCCUGUUGACUGAUGGUCGUAGCCAAGACCUGGUGCUGGAUGCUGCAGCAGCUGCCCAUGCAGCCGGCAUCCGCAUUUUUGCUGUUGGUGUGGGUGCAGCAUUGAAGGAGGAACUGGAUGAGAUUGCCUCAGAACCCAAGUCUGCGCAUGUCUUCCAUGUUUCCGACUUCAAUGCCAUUGACAAGAUCCGUGGCAAACUGAGGCGUCGGCUUUGUGAAAAUGUCCUCUGCCCAAGUGUCCGGGUAGAAGGAGAUCGGUUUAAACAUACCAAUGGAGGAACCAAGGAAAUUACAGGUUUUGACUUGAUGGAUUUGUUCAGUGUGAAGGAAAUCUUGGGGAAGAGAGAAAACGGAGCCCAGAGUUCCUAUGUACGGAUGGGUUCCUUCCCUGUGGUGCAGAGAACUGAAGAUGUGUUUCCCCAAGGUCUUCCUGAUGAGUAUGCCUUUGUCACAACUUUCCGGUUCCGGAAAACAUCACGGAAAGAAGAUUGGUACAUCUGGCAAGUCAUUGACCAGUAUGGCAUCCCACAGGUCUCUAUCCGGCUGGAUGGUGAGAACAAGGCAGUUGAGUACAACGCUGUGGGUGCCAUGAAGGAUGCUGUCCGGGUGGUCUUCCGAGGCCCCCGAGUUGAUGACCUCUUUGACCGUGACUGGCACAAGAUGGCUCUAAGCAUCCAGGCCCAGAAUGUGUCCCUCUACAUUGACUGUGUGCUGGUUCAGACGCUGCCUAUUGAGGAGAGGGAGAAUAUCGACAUCCAGGGCAAGACUGUGAUUGGCAAACGUCUCUAUGACAGCGUGCCCAUUGAUUUUGACCUGCAGCGGAUUGUGAUUUACUGUGACUCGAGACAUGCAGAACUGGAGACUUGCUGUGACAUCCCGUUGGGUCCGUGUCAGGUGACUGUGGUGACAGAGCCGCCACCUGCGCCUCCACAGCUGCCCACCCCUGGGAGCGAACAGAUCGGGUUCUUGAAGACCAUCAACUGCUCAUGCCCAGCUGGAGAAAAGGGUGAGAGGGGCUUUGCUGGCCCUCUGGGACUCCCUGGUCAGAAGGGAGAUGCAGGACCCAUUGGACUAAUGGGUGCUCCUGGACCCAAGGGAGAAAAAGGAGACACUGGGCGAGGACCCUUCAUCCAUGGGGAAAAGGGUGAGAAGGGAUCCCUGGGUCCACCUGGGCCUCCUGGAAGAGACGGCAGUAAAGGCAUGAGAGGAGAGCCAGGAGAGCUAGGAGAGCCAGGGCUGCCUGGAGAAGUGGGCAUGAGGGGGCCCCAGGGACCUCCUGGACUACCAGGAUCAGCUGGGCCAGUUGGAGCUCCAGGUCUUCAAGGAGAACGAGGUGAAAGGGGGCCUCCAGGAGAAAAGGGGGAGCGAGGCCUGGAUGGAUUCCCUGGGAAGCCUGGAGAGACUGGAGAGCAGGGAAGACCUGGGCCUCCUGGUGUGGCAGGACUGCAGGGAGAGAAGGGAGAUGUGGGGCCUGCAGGACCCCCUGGUGUGCCAGGCUCUGUGGUGCAGAGGGAAGGCCUGAAGGGAGAGCAGGGAGCUCCCGGACCAAGAGGUCACCAAGGCCUACCUGGGCCUCCAGGAGCACCUGGUUUGAUUGGCCCAGAAGGCAGAGAUGGACCCCCAGGGCCUCAAGGUCUCCGAGGGAAGAAAGGAGAAAUGGGUCCACCAGGGACCCCUGGAGUGCUGGGGCCACAGGGCCCGCCUGGACCACCUGGUGUUCCAGGGCCCCCUGGACCUGGAGGACCCCCGGGUUUACCUGGCGAGCUCGGCUUCCCGGGAAAACCUGGGCCUGCUGGGCACUCGGGGACACCUGGAAAGGAUGGGCUGAAUGGACCACCAGGCCUUCCUGGCUCCAAGGGAGAACCAGGAGACCCUGGCGAAAGCGGCGUGCCCGGAAUGCCAGGACCUCGGGGUGAAGUUGGGGAGCGGGGCCUUGCAGGUCAUCCUGGUGAGAAGGGAGAAGUUGGCCUUCCGGGUGCUCCAGGCUUCCCAGGAGUACGUGGAGAGAAAGGAGACCAGGGAGAAAAAGGUGAACUGGGACUUCCAGGUCUGAAAGGUGCCCGAGGAGAAAAGGGUGAGGUUGGUCCAGCAGGUCCCCCUGGCUUACCUGGAAGUCCAUCAGUGUUCACACCACACCCAAGAAUGCCAGGAGAGCAAGGGCCUAAAGGAGAAAAAGGUGAUCCUGGCGAGCCUGGAGCCCUGGGACCACAGGGCCAUCCUGGAGAAUUGGGUCCUCGGGGACCCAUUGGACCUCCGGGUGCCAAGGGGCAUGAUGGUGCACAAGGACCUCCUGGAGCAGCUGGAAACCCUGGUGCUCCAGGACCUGCAGGACCCCCUGGUCUCAGUGGACCCCCAGGAAGUUUGGGUUCUCCUGGUGUCAGAGGCGCCCCUGGGAAAGACGGGGAGCGUGGAGAGAAGGGAACAGCAGGGGAAGACGGCAGCCCAGGGCCAGCUGGUCCACGGGGAGAUCCUGGUGCUCCUGGCCUCCCAGGGCCACCAGGAAAGGGCAAGGAUGGGGAGCCGGGACUACGUGGACCACCUGGGUUACCUGGUCCCUUAGGAAUCAAGGGUGACCGAGGAACACCUGGGAUUCCUGGCUCUCCUGGCAGCCGUGGUGACCCAGGCAUUGGGGUUGCUGGUCCACCUGGUCCCUCAGGACGACCAGGAGAUAAAGGACCCCCGGGAUCUCGAGGCUUACCUGGAUUCCCCGGCCCCCAGGGACCAGCUGGCCAGGAUGGUGCACCAGGAAACCCAGGAGAAAGAGGGCCUCCUGGAAAACCAGGCCCUUCUUCACUGCUGUCUCCAGAGGACAUAAAUCUCUUAGUAAAGGAUGUGUGCAAUGACUGCCCUCCUGGUCCCCCAGGCCUCCCAGGUCUGCCAGGUUUCAAAGGGGACAAGGGUCUUCCAGGAAAACAAGGGAGAGAAGGGACAGAAGGCAAAAAGGGAGAUACUGGGCCCCCAGGCCUCCCUGGGCCUCCAGGAGUAGCUGGACCACAGGGAAGCCAAGGAGAGCGUGGUGCAGAGGGUGAGGUGGGACAGAAAGGUGAACAGGGUCACCCUGGAGUUCCAGGCUUCAUGGGCCCACCGGGGAAUCCUGGGCCACCAGGAGCAGACGGAAAUGCAGGUGCGGCAGGGCCACCAGGACCUCAAGGGCCUCAGGGCAAAGAAGGCCCUCCUGGUCCCCAAGGCCCAUCUGGCAUCCCAGGAAUUCCAGGAGAAGAAGGCAAGCAGGGCAGAGAUGGAAAGCCAGGUCCCCCUGGAGAACCGGGCAAGACAGGAGAGCCAGGCCUGUCAGGAGCAGAGGGAGCCAGAGGUCCACCGGGCUUCAAGGGACACACAGGUGAUCCUGGCCCACCUGGUCUGAGGGGAGAACCUGGCAUAGCAGGGCCCCCCGGAAGGGAUGGAUCACCAGGAAAAGAUGGUGACACUGGACCUGCUGGACCACAGGGUCCCAGAGGAACAAGGGGACCACCGGGCAGCAGUGGAUCACCUGGAUCUCCAGGAGACCCUGGCCGUCCGGGAGCCCUAGGCCAGAAGGGAAACAAAGGAGAAAGUGGCAGCCCAGGACUUCCAGGGUUUCAGGGUCCUCGUGGACCUCCAGGAGAAGCAGGAGAGGUAGGAGCUCCAGGAAAGGAGGGUGCUCCUGGGAAGCCUGGAGAGCCAGGAUCCAAAGGAGAGAGGGGAGACCCUGGGAUCAAAGGUGACAAAGGACCACCAGGUGGGAAGGGUCAGCCUGGAGACCCUGGAACCCCAGGCCACAAGGGUCAUACUGGCCUAAUGGGUCCCCAAGGACAACCAGGGGAGAGUGGCCCUCCUGGGCCCCCAGGGCCACCUGGCCAGCCAGGAUUUCCAGGACCGAGGGGGGAGUCUCCAUCCAUGGACACCUUACGGCGCCUCAUUCAGGAAGAGCUUGGGAAGCAGCUAGAAGCUAAACUUGCCUACCUCCUAGCCCAGAUGCCUCCAGCACAUAUGAAGUCCUCUCAAGGCAGACCCGGACCUCCUGGACCCCCUGGAAAAGAUGGGCUGCCAGGUCGGACAGGCCCCAUGGGUGAGCCAGGCCGUCCUGGCCAAGGUGGUCUGGAAGGACCCUCUGGACCAAUGGGCCCCAAAGGUGAAAGAGGAGCCAAAGGUGACCCUGGCACACCUGGAGUUGGUCUCCGAGGAGAGAUGGGUCCUCCUGGAAUACCAGGCCAACCUGGGGAACCUGGAUAUGCUAAAGAUGGACUUCCAGGAAGCCCUGGUCCUCAAGGAGAGACAGGACUAGCUGGACAUCCUGGCCCUCCUGGUCCUCCCGGCCCACCUGGCCUGUGUGACCCCUCCCAGUGUGCGUACUUUGCCAGCCUUGCUGCCCGGCCAAGUAAUGUGAAGGGCCCGUAGAAGAUUCUAGAUCAUCAAAACACUACUAUGGAUUUCUGAAACUUGAACUCGGAGCCCAUUGGGAAGCCAGAAGCCUUGAAACAUUUCAAAUCCUCCUUCUCUCUCCCCUUCCUACUUCCCGCCUUUUCUUCCUGCUUCCCUUCUUUCUACUCUUUCCUCCUUGCCUGCCUUAAUUGUCUUUUCCCUUCCUCAGAGACUUCACAGUUAUUAAAACCAAGAGAUACUGUCAGACAGUCAGGUUAUUAUUAAUAUUAUUGUUAUUGUUUGCUGUUAUUUCAAAGGCUAGUAGUUUUGAGGGAGCUUCCUGGUGGACAGGAAGUAGUUUCCUGUCUCAGCUCCCCUGUCAUCACUGGCUGAAGUGUGACAGCCAAUUUCUGAGGAACCUUCGGUGCUAUGCAACCCUGACCAUGUAUGCACUUGUUGAUUUUACCUCUUUCCUGGAAAGGAAGCUUUAAGGGAUGGAGACUGUAUUGUUGUUUCCUCAGCUGUGCCUAAAGAUGGCCCAGGGAAAAGUAAGUUUGAAAUCCCCACCUCUCCAGAGAGACUUGAAGCAAGAACAAGAAUUUGCAGCCUGAAAGAAUUCAUUGACCUCUGGAGACAAGGUGCACAUCUGGAGUUCAGAACUGCCUCAGGGCAUUGGGGGGGGGGGUGGUUAUCCUUGGUGCUUCAGGCUACCAGAACUCCAAAGGAAGUCACAUAGUAUUGGCAGUAGCUUGUGUCAGGGCCCUCUACGAACAAGCUGGUGCUGAAGAAGAGUUCCCAGGUGUGACUUCGCUUCUAACUGUGGCCUGCACCCCUUCAAGUUCCUCAUGCUGGUUUCAAUUGUGUGAGUUGCAAAAUAAAAGUUUUCAAUGGUCA